AUGUCUUCUGAACCAGUACCCGCGAUUUGUUACCCAUCUUGCAAUAACGUUUACCUUUAUGCCUCAUCGGUGGGAAAAACAGACCUGCUCUGUGAUCAAGAUGGAGAAUUCAUGAAAGGGUACCAGAUAUGCCUCCAGUGUCUAGUCGAGGCGAAUUUAGACGGGAAGCUUGACCCCGAGGUAGUGAUCGAUUUUAAGCAGUUCCUGGACUUCUGUAAAAUACCCCUGGGAUAUGUGUUCACCACUGGGACUUUCGUUCUACCUGGCCCCAUGACAUCAACAAUGGUCUAUCUCGUGGUGCCUUCAGGACAGCAAGCAUCUACACCCGCAUCUACGCCGGCGACGACAAGAAUAAGCACGAACACAAGUACGACUAUGCAGUCCUCGAGCGCCACAACGUCAUCUUUAAGCACAAGUGCGCCGACUGACACUGGUGCUAACAAUAACAAAUCCACUCUUGCUGGAAUCAUCGCAGGCAGUCUGGGAGGAUUCAUUGUCAUCAUCAUCGUCGCUCUGAUCAUUUGGCGCCGAACUCGGGCUCGAAAAAAUGAAUCGACUGAUAGCGGCGAUUCUGGCGGUAAACAUUUCGACAAGGCUCAACUUCAUUCUGAUUGUGUUCCAAAACCAGUCUUCGAGACAUCUGAUGGCAUGAUCCACGAGAUGGAAGGCUCGGUAUUACCUCCAGAAUGUGUUGUCGAGAAGCCUGCGAACGAAUCUGCUGCGCAAGAGCUGCCACCUGAAGGUCUUUCCGAAAAGCCCGCGAAUGAAACUCCGGCUCGACAUUGUAUAGGAUUAAAAGACCAAUGUGCCGAAGUAGACAACACUAACUUGGAGAAAAGAAUCAUCUAA